AUGGCCCAAGCAGGGGCACCUGUCCGCUUCCACCCCGAGGAGGGCUGCACUGCCUCUCCCCCGUCCUUUGCCCACAGGGUGAACCGGAGGCCCUGGCUGGCUGGGGGAAGCCCCGAGGCUGGGCGGUGCAGCCCCCCACUCUGCCUCAGCCCCAACCUCAACGCCGGCCGCCUGCACCUGCUGCGCAAGGGCCUGGCGCCCGAUGUCCGCCGCUGCCCGCUCGGCCUCUACAACAGCACUGGCUCCUUGGCCCGCAGGCCGGCUGAGGCAGCGCCCUUCGGCAGCGGGAGCUGCCCGGGCACGGGGCGACUGACUGCCCCCUGCACCCCACGGUGGGGCCGGCCCAGCCCGGCUGCCGCCUCUCUGGGCAGCCGCAGUCCGCCAGCCCCAGAGGGACACAGCUCUGUGGUCACCUUCCGCUUCAUUGAGAAGGCCAGUGUGCGGACACUGGGCUGCCCGACAACGCCCCAUCUCCGCUGGGAGAAUGGCCCCUACAGCCUCAGCCGCAGUCUGGAGCUCGGUGGGGACGUGGGAUCCUUCCAGCCCCAGCCCCUGCCUCAGGAGCGGCUCCUGCAGACGCUGAAGCUGGAGGCCUCCGCAUCUGACCCGCUUCUGGCCGGGGCCAGGACUGCAGGGGGGACACGUCCCUGUGGGAAGGAGUUCUGUGCCCUUGACACCAGCUGCCUCUGCCGAUCCCUAACCAAUGGGCUGCCAGAGGAGUUCCCCACCUUCGCCAGGAGUCCCCUGAAGCCAGAGCCCCGACAUCAGGGCAGCGCCGGGCUGUAUCCCCGGCAGAGCUCUGCCCAUGCCCAGCGCAUCGCCAAGGCCAAGUGGGAAUUCUUCUACGGCUCCUCAGAUACCCCAAAGACAGGCUCCUCUGCCCCCGACUCUGCUCUCCUGGCUGAACUCCCCCAGAAGUCUGUCUCCCCACUGCCAGCCGAGCCACCGGGGCUGGUACCUGAGCACAGCCUGAGCCAUGUGGAGGUGGAGAUAGAAGUGUCUCCUUUGAGCAGCCAGAAGCCUGGCUCCUGUGAAACUGGGAUUAUAAGGAGGACAGUGAAGUACUCUGAAACAGACCUGGACACUGUGCCACUGAGGUGCUAUCGUGAAACCAACAUCGAUGAUAUCCUGGCCGAGAAGGAGGAGGUGGAUUCAGCAAUUGAGAGCCAGAAGGACAGUGAGAGCAACCCAAGUUUUGUGGGUACACCAGGCAGGAGGAACAGCACACCAGAGGAGCCACCUGCUCCAGGUACCGGCUGCUCCAAGGAUGGGCUGCAAGACAGGGGUGUGGACGAGGACGAUGAGGUCUUUGAGGCGAUGAGGAAGGAAAACAGGGAAAGGAUCAUGGACCGAGACACACAGGGUAUGCUCAAGUCUCCGGUGCCCUUCCUUCUAGGGCACAGCCUCUCCAAGGAUGGCAUGGACUCUUUCAGCAAGCAUUUUGAGACCAUCAUGGAGUCCCAUCGAGCCAAAGGCACAUCUUACACCAGCCUGGACUCCAUUGACAUACUUUCUUCCCCAGCCCGUACCCAUGGGACCUUUUUCACUUUUGACAUCCCAACCCUCACCCCAGAUAUACAGGGAAAAAUCCGAGACAGCGCCAAGGUGAUCGAGGAGAGCUUUGCCCCUCUGGCUCACUUAGAGCCAGACUCUGGGACCAGUUCAGCCACAGAUGCCCCCUGGACAGAGAGGGAGGAGGAACAGGGGAGACGAAGGAAGGGCAUUCGGCACAGCCCUUGCCACUCAGAGGACAGCUUUGGCACUCCCUUGGCCUCCAACACAAGUGACCGCCCCCAGAGCCAGCUGGUUUCAGACUCAGAGUCAGAGAUGGACAGUGUGGAGCAGCUGGCCCUGGGCAGCACGGACACCCUUUCCAAUGGACACAAGGCUGACCUGGAGGCUGCCAAACGCCUGGCCAAGAGGCUCUACAACCUGGAUGGCUUUAAAAAAGCAGAUGUGGCUCGCCACCUGGGAAAGAACAACGAGUUCAGCAGGAUGGUGGCAGGGGAAUAUCUGAAGUUCUUCGUGUUCACAGGAAUGAGUCUGGAUCAGGCUCUCAGGUCCUUUCUAAAAGAGCUGGCCUUGAUGGGAGAGACACAAGAGCGAGAGCGAGUGCUGGCUCAUUUUUCCCAGCGCUACUACGAGUGUAAUCCCAAUGCCAUCUCUUCAGAAGAUGGAACCCACACCCUCACGUGCGCCCUGAUGCUGCUAAACACAGAUCUGCAUGGACAUAACAUCGGGAAGAGAAUGUCCUGUUCCGACUUCAUUGGCAACUUGGAGGGACUCAAUGGAGGCACUGAUUUCCCCAAGGAGCUGCUCAAGGCGCUGUACAGCUCCAUCAAGAACGAGAAGCUGCAGUGGGCCAUAGAUGAAGAGGAGCUAAGAAAGUCCCUCUCGGAGCUGGCAGAUCCCAACCCAAAGUCCAUCAAGCGCAUCAGCAGCUGCAGUAAUCCCUUUCUGGACUUUUCCCAGGACGCCAGCAUUGCCACUUACAAGCACGGGCUGUUAGUCCGCAAGAUCCACGCCGAUCCCGACUGCAAGAAAACACCCCGAGGGAAGCGCGGCUGGAAGCCCUUCCACGCCAUCCUGAAGGGAAUGAUUCUCUACCUGCAGAAGGAGGAGUAUAAGCCAGGGAAGGCACUGGCAGAAGAGGAACUGAAGAAUGCUAUUAGCAUCCACCAUUCGCUUGCCACACGGGCAUCUGACUACAGCAAGCGACCCAAUGUCUUCUACCUCAGGACAGCUGACUGGAGGGUCUUCCUUUUCCAAGCACAGAACCCCGAACAGAUGCACUCGUGGAUCACACGCAUCAACGUGGUGGCAGCCAUGUUCUCUGCGCCCCCCUUCCCCGCAGCCAUCGGCUCCCAGAAGAAGUUCAGCCGCCCGCUGCUGCCCAGCUCCUGCACCAGGCUGUCUCAGGAGGAGCAGGUGAAGAACCAUGAGACCAAGUUCAAGACAAUGUCAGCGGAGCUGCUGGAGCAUCGUUCCUCACUGCCUGAGAAAAAGGUGAAAGGCAAGGAGUACGAGGAGCUAAAGCAGAAGGAAGAGUACCUGGAAUUUGAGAAAUCCCGCUAUGGCACCUAUGCCAUGCUGCUGCGAGCCAAGCUGAAGGCUGGCUCCGAGGACCUGGCAGCAUUUGAGUCCACCCUCUUUGACACAGUGGGUGGGGAGGACGAUGGCCUGAAAAAGUCCCGCUCCAGCCCCUCACUCAACGCAGAGCCCUCCAGCACGAGCACCAAGGUGAAGCGCAACGUCUCAGAGCGCACCGGCCGCCAGCCCUCUGGCCACCCCCAGAAGUCGUAAGUGUGGGGUCUCAGCUGCCUGCACUGCAGCUCUGUUCCUGUUCCCCCGGCACGGGGGUGGAGGCUGUGUGCCUGCCGAGACCCUGCAUGUGUCCGUCUGUCUGUGGCAUGAGCUGGAGGGGGUGACAGCCCUUCUGCAGCCGCCAGCACCAGCCAUGCAGGGCCGUGGCCCCUCCACCGGAGACAGUGGCAGAGCAGGAUGGUACCCAGUCCUUGCCUGCAGGAGCUGCCUGGCCCCAUCAGACCUGUUCUGCCCCUCCUCGUCCUGCACUUGGCUGCAGGACCUACUCUUGCUGCCAUGGGGAGAGGGAGCAACUGAAACCUACCCGCUGGGCUCAAUUCUUCAAUGGC